GUUUCUAUUGCUUUAUCACGCCGUUGCAAACAGACCAGAGCCGCAUAGGAGUUGCCAUGAAGACGCCAAUCAUCCAGAUGGCCCUGGCCUUGUGCCUGAUCGGAUUCUUCACAGGACCUUUGCAGGUCUUGUCUCUCCAAAAGAUUCCGCUCGACAUGGCCAAGAAUUCUGUGGAUGACCAGUACCUUGGCUGCAACCCCAUGAGAGAGCUGAAGCUGCAGCAGCCAGGAUAUCUUCCCAUACCCCAAGAAUAUAGGGCAACCUGGGAAAAGGCCCAAUGGCACUGGGCCAAACUUAGCCAAACCAUCGGCUACUUAAAUCCAGUCUAUGGCACUGCAGUUGUGGCUUACACAAUGGCUAGCAGCCUGUACAGUGAUUUCAACUGGGCGGUACACAAAGCCGGGAAAUCCCAAUACUCAUACAACCAAUUUGCCUUCAAGGACUUCCACUUCCUCCUCACGAAGGUAGUAAAAGCCAGGAAGAUUCCGGGCAAGUGCUACAAUGUCUUCCGCGGGGUAAAAGGCAUUCGUUUCAACGUCCGCUUCAGACAGAUUGUCCGCUUCGGGCAGUUUGCUUCCACAUCUCUGGUCAAAGAUGUGGCCCAAAAAUUUGGCGAGGAUACCUUCUUCUCCAUCAAGACCUGCCACGGAGUGCCCAUUCACGACCUCUCAUACUACCCAUCCGAAAUGGAAGUUCUUAUCCCGCCCUAUGAGAAGUUCGUCGUGAUCUACCACGGGAAGGGCCAUAAGGGGGUUACCAUCCAAUUGGAAUCCCGAGGCGUGUACAGUCACAUCAACUGUGAAGUCCUGCAAGGUCACUAAUCUCCUAUGGGGAGGCCGUUCCUCCUGUGGGGUCUCCUUCUGACCUGGAGCACCCUUGGCCAUCUAGGAAGAGAGCAUCCCCAGGAAGGAGAAACGCGCGACGUGCAAAAUAUCUUUGAAAAGUGCCUCUUUUUUUGGUCCUCCUGAUAAGAUUUCAGGCAGCUCAAAAAAGGCAACGACAGCUAGUCCUCGGCUUACAACCAUUCGGUUAGUGAUCGUUCAAACUUUCAAUGGCUCUGAAAAAUGUGACUUGGACCGUUUUUCAGUUUCACACCCUUUGCAGCAUGCCCGGAGUCACGUGAUCAAAAUUCAAAUACUUGACAACUGACUUAUAGUUAUGACGGUCGUGGUGUCCCAGGGUCACGUGAUCCCCUUUUCCAAUCUUCUGACAAGCCAGAUUCACUUAACAACCAUGUUACUCAUUUAAGAACCGCAGGGAUUCCCUUAACAAAUGCGGCAAGAAAGGUUGUAAAAUGGGGAGGGGGUCUCACUCCACAUGUGUCACAUUGAACAAUAGAAAUUUUGGGCUCCAUGAUGGUCAUAAGUUGAGGACUACCUGUAUUCGGGGAGGGUAAAGUCUUUCUCUAGGGUGUAGAAAUCAAGGCUUGGGUAUAGGUGAUUUGGGAUGAUUGUAUCAGAAACCAAUCAAUA